AUGCCAGCAGUCGAAAGAUUACUGUCAGUUUGUGACAUGCUGCCAUUCGAAGAUGGGGAAAUCCGAAUACUGAAGGCAAUGAGAAUAUUCCUACAGCCGUUCCAAGCGAUGACUUCUCAGGUCUGCUACCAAACCUCUUGCUGUUCGAUAUUCAUUCCUGUGGGGAAACUCUUGAUUGCGAAAACUGAGGAGAACCUAGCAGCUGCUCGAAGGGAAGGACUGCAAUUUGGAGAGAAACUGUUGGGGAGCACAAAGGAAUACUUUGCAAAAUUUUUCAUCAGUCAGCCACUGCGUUUUGCCGCACUUUGCGAUCCCAGAUUUGCGUUUUUGGAUACCGUGUUGAACAGGGAUGAAUGGCGAGAAACUGCCGACCACUUCUUGGCAUGUAAAAGUUUAGGCAAUUCUCUCGAUCUGGUGGACUCUGACGAUGAAAGCUACGAAAGGUCUUCUACCCCAAAAGGCUCGGACAUGUGGUCUUUACUAACAUCACAAAGCACCGCCAGCACUCCUUCAAGAAGCUCACUAAUGCAGCAGGAGGAUCUCCAGAUGGAGUUACAGCAGUACACCAUACAAUUGAACCGAGGAGAUGCACGACCAAGUCCUGACGCAGACCCAGUUCAAUGA